CACGCACACACUCAUACACACCAUACACCAGUCCCCUCUCCUGUCCAGUCCUCCGCUUCACACACAUAUCAGAGGGACUGAAAAAGGGGGAAUACGCAAAAAAAGGAAAACCAACUGGUAGAGGAGCAUUAAGAUUUGUUCCCCCCAUGGGACUGGAUUUGGCUCAUAUCUACAUGUGUGGGUCCUCCUCCUGUUUUUCACUGUCAUGAUGAGAAGAAGCAUGAGUGUGUACCAAUGACUCCGACACACGCACGGAUUCCCAGACCCCCCAUCUACCCCUUGGUCACCUUCCCGAAACUUCAAUGAGGACAGAAACCUGCCUCGAACUGGGAACAUGAAGGGCUUAUCGGGCAGCCGUGGCCAGCAUCAUCAGCUCCCCUUGCCUCACUCCCCGUGUGGCCUGGUGGAGUUUGAUCGACCUCAUGACAUUCAUGGCGUUCACUCAUCUGACAUCCGUCAUACGUACCUGCUCAGCCCCACAGACAGCUGUGCCAUGGACUACCAGCACCACCAGCGCUACUCACCUCGUAGUUCCAUACACUCCGAUUGCAUGAUGCUUUCACCAACAGUGCUGCAACCCACUGGCACUGCUGACCACAUAUCCAGCAGCACAUUUCCCAGAAUGCACUACGGUUCCCAGUACUAUGACUCAGCCUCCCGAGACGACUGUGCAACCAUCACCACGUCGGCCACUUCUGCUGCUGCUGUCUCAUCAUUUGCCUCUCAUCAUGCUGUUAGCAAGAGCAAUCGCAUCCCUGCCAACCUCCUGGAUCGCUUUGAGAAGCAGCUUCCAGUGCACCGGGAUGGUUUCCACACAUUGCAGUACCAGCGUGCUUCAGCUUCUGAGCAGCGCAGCGAGAGUCCUGGGCGUAUUCGCCACUUGGUGCACUCUGUCCAGAAACUCUUCACCAAAUCCCACUCCCUGGAGGGCUCAUCCAAGAUGAAUGGUGCUAAAGGAGAUGGUGGUGCCCAUCACCACCAUAGUGGCCACCACUCAUCCAAACAUGGGAUCAAACACAGCAAGAGCAAGGAACGCAAACAUCGCUCAGGCAGCUGGUGGAGCUCUGACGAUAACCUCGACAGCGACGGCACUUUCCGCACUCCUGGUGGUAUGAGCCGGCAUCACGCAGGCCAUUGUGUCUCUGAGUCUGUACGCCCUCACUUUGGUGACCACUCCCUCAAAACCUCCAGGAGCAGCAAUGAUGUCAAGUGCUCAGCUUGUGAGAGCCUUGCUAUGCCACCAGAAGGAAAGUUCAUGAAAAGGAGCUCCUGGUCCACGCUCACUGUCAGCCAGGCCAAAGAAGCAUACAGAAAGUCCUCCCUCAACCUGGACAAGUCCACAGUCCAUCAGGAUCUAAAGUCCUCGCUACGUGCCAGUCACUAUCUGCAGGUGCCUCAGGAUGAGUGGAGCGGUUACCCUGGAAUCGAGAAGGAGGAGGAGAUCCCAUGUCGGCGGAUGCGCAGCAGCAGUUACGUGAAAGCCAUGGGGGAUGAUGAGAGUGGUGACUCAGACACCAGUCCCAAAAUGUCGCCUCAAAAAUCUGUCCGUCCAGAUGCUCUCGUUCUCAAAUCCUCCAUUCAUAGACCUCAUAUAGACAGCCAAAGCCAAGGCUACCACUUGCAAACAUCGAGAGAUUUGCGCUCCCAUCCCGGUGUGUCUCUGGACCCAGCGACCUCCUACCACCCUCCUCAAUACCGUUCUCGCAACCAGAGCUACAUGCGUGCGGUCAGCACCCUCAGUCAGGCAAGCUGCCUCAGCCAGGUGAGUGAGACUGAGGUCAAUGGCCAGUAUGAGUCAGUUUGCGAGUCCGUUUUUAGUGAAGUAGAGUCCCAGGCCAUGGAGGCCCUGGACCUUCCUGGCACUUUCCGCACUCGAAGCCACAGUUACCUGCGUGCAAUUCAGGCUGGGUAUUCCCAAGAUGACGACUGCUUGCCUUCAAUGACAUCCUCCACUGUCACUUCAACUCUCAGAUCCACAACAGAGGGCUAUGAUGCGAUGGAAGGCACAUCUUUGUUAAAUGAGGAUAUGAUAGAAGAUGAUGACGGUGCUAGCUCCUCAGCUUACCAGGAGCUUGAGCGUUUUGAGAGAGAGAAUGCUGCUCGGAGUCAUCACAGCACAAGUUCUACUGUAACAGCCAUCUCUGUGGCGCCCACUUCCUCUCCACCCAUUUACCGUGUUCCUGCCCCAACACCCUCCAUUCCUGAACCACAUGUUCCUCAGGCCAUUCAAGCUUUUAAAGAAUCAGCCAACAUGGUGGCAGCCUUCAACAUGCAAUGGAAGGAAGAAAUUGCGGCCAUGCGGUUUGAGCUGGCCGAACUUCGCCGGGAUGUGUGCAACGAGCUCAAGACCUUUAAUAGCAACUUUUUUAACUUCACACAGUGCUAUAACAUGUGGACCUUGUGCAGGGAGGCAGCCACUGGCAGCUCUGCCCAAUCAAGUGAACGUGUGUCAGUUGGGAUCCAGACUGGCAAUAACGUGUCAGUCCGACAAAACACUGUGGAUGUCUCAGUCAUGUGUCAGCCUGAACCGAUACCAUUUAAAAUUUUUGAAGUGAUGAACCCUCCAAGAAUUGAGAUCACUGAGGGAACACCCGAGGGCCCAACAACCUCUAACAGCCCAACAAGCCCUUCAAGCCCGGUAAGUCCUACCGAUAUAUCAGGUCAAAGACCACUAGGGGAGACCAAGAUGGACACCAGCAGGAAGAAGAAAAGUCGUAGUCGACCAGAUGGACAAAGAAGCUCCAGUCUGGAACUCUGGUGCAGGAAAUACACUAGUGGGCCAAUGUCAUACCUGUCACUAUCAUUCUGA